GGGGUGGAAGAGAAUCUAAAAAUAGGGAAAUUGAAAAUUUAAGUGAUAUUUAAAACUUCUGCUUCUUUCACUGCCAUGUAGGGCACAAAAAUGUUUACUUAAGGUGCUACAGGCGAAUUCUUUAUCCAUAUUGCAUGCACUGCCCAUAACAGCUGCCUGUCAGACAUGAACACAAGCAGAGUGCUAGCUGAUUGACUGUAAUCUGAAAUAUGCUGGUAACUGCUGAUUGAGAUCGCUUCACUCCCACCACGAAGUUCUGAGGCAUUAAAGCACAGAAUGAAAAAGAAAUGUGAAGUCUGAAGCACCAACCUACAGAAAUCUCCCCGAAGAAAGAAAGUCAGACGGAGUCACUGCAGUACGAGGCAGCAGCAUGAUGCUCCAACACAGCACGGGUAGAGUCAGGCAGCUGUAAGAGAGCCGGGGAAGGGCAUGAAGAGGAACCAUUAACUGAGACAGACUGCAGACAGACGGCGAAGGCGCCAGCACCGGGUCGCAUUUGGGUCAUCUUGUAGAGCCUUCUGAGAAAACAGGAUUAAUAGUAAGAAAACAAUGGUUAAUAGAAAUAACUUCAGGAUACGGUUGGACUAAAACAGGAACAGAUUCUCCAAACCCUCUUAGGGAUUAGUGAAGCAGCAGCCUGCUGGUGCUCACUUCUCCAGCCACGAGAUGAUGAGACGUGCUUCUGCUGGGGGACGUGUGGGUGCAGCUACAAAGUCUCCAAGAGCUGUUGGCUUCUGGAAUAAGACUCGGCACUAGAGCCAUCUCUUCUGUCUGCCUGGAUGUGGCCAUGUGGUUAUGAUAUUGUUGAGAUUCCAUAAUGCCUCCUGCCGUGACAGACAGCCUUGACAUCUGGGCAGUGGAUUCACAGAUUGGUGCUGAUGGCUCAAUAUCCGUGGACUUCCUACUGCCCACUGGAAUCUACAUCAACUUGGAUGUCCCUCGAGAUGCCACUAUAUCUCAUAUUAAACAGCUGUUAUGGAAGCAGGCACACACCUACCCACUCUUCCAUCUCCUCAUGGAGAUUGACUCCUACAUGUUCUCAUGUGUGAAUCAGACAGCUGUACACGAAGAAUUGGAAGAUGAAACACGGAGACUUUGUGAUGUCAGGCCCUUUCUUCCUGUCCUUAAACUAGUGACAAGGAAUUGUGAUCCAGGAGAAAAGUUGGACUCCAAAAUAGGUGUCCUUAUAGGCAAAGGUCUCCAUGAGUUUGAUGCCUUACAAGAUCCUGAAGUGAACGACUUUCGAGCUAAGAUGCGGAGAAUCAGUGAGGAGAAGAUUCAGUCCCUUGUGGGUCUUUCCUGGAUGGACUGGUUAAAGCACACUUACCCACCAGAACAGGAACCCGUUGUGCCAGAGAACUUCCAAGAUAAGCUUUACAGUGGAAAUCUUGUAGUGGCUAUUCAUUUUGAUAACUGCCAGGAUGUAUUUAGUUUUCAAGUGUCUCCUAACAUGAAUCCCAUCAAGUUGAAUGAACUGGCAAUCCGAAAACGUUUGACUAUCCAUGGAAAAGAAGAUGAGGAAAUUGAUCCUGCUGACUAUGUGCUGCAAGUUAGUGGGAGGCUAGAAUAUGUUUUUGGUGAUCAUCCGUUAAUUCAGUUUCAGUAUAUACACAACUGCGUGAUGAACAGGACUCUUCCUCAGCUGACUCUAGUGGAGUGUUGCACCAUAAAGAAAAUGUGUGAGCAGGAAAUGAUUGCCAUAGAAGUUGCCAUAAACCGAAAAUCAUCCAACCUUCCUCUUCCCCUGCCACCAAAAAAAACAAGAGCAACAACUAGUGUAUGGGACAUUUGCAGCCCUUUCAAGAUUAUUCUAUUAAAGGGUAAUAAGCUAAAUACAGAAGAAAAUGCCAAAGUUCAUGUUAGGGCUGGUAUUUUCCACGGUACAGAGCUCCUUUGUAAAACCAUUGUAAGCACAGAAAUAUCUGGGAGAAGUGACCAUGCUUGGAAUGAAGUACUGGAGUUUGAAAUAAAUGUCUGUGAUCUACCAAGAAUGGCAAGACUCUGCUUUGCAGUCUAUGCUGUGAUGGAUAAGAUGAAAACUAAAAAGUCAACUAAGUCAAUGAAUCCCUCCAAAUACCAAACCAUCAGGAAAGCAGGAAAAGUGCACUACCCUGUAGCCUGGGUAAAUACCAUGGUGUUUGAUUACAAAGGACAGCUGAAGAAUGGGGAAUUCGUACUGCACAGCUGGUCAUCAUUUCCAGAUGAGCUUGAAGAAAUGUUAAAUCCAAUGGGAACUGUCCAGACUAACCCUUACACUGAAAAUGCAACAGCUUUGCACAUUAGAUUUCAAGAAUAUUCAAAACAGCCUAUUAACUACCCUCCCUUUGAUAAGAUACUUGAAAAGGCAGCUGAGAUUGCAAGAAGCAGUGAUAAUGCUGCGAUGGCGGGUCGAGGCGGUAAAAAAUUUUACAUCGUGCUAAAAGAAAUAAUGGAAAGAGAUCCUUUAUCUCAGCUCUGUGAAAAUGAAAUGGAUCUCAUCUGGACUCUGCGAUACGACUGCCGUGAAAAUUUUCCACAAUCGUUGCCAAAGCUGCUGCUCUCCUUAAAAUGGAACAAACUUGAAGAUGUUGCUCAGCUUCAAGCUCUCCUUCAGAUAUGGCCCAAGCUGCUGCCUAGAGAAGCUUUAGAAUUGUUGGAUUUCAAUUACCCAGACCAGUAUGUGAGAGAAUACGCAGUGGGUUGUUUAAAGCAAAUGAGUGAUGAAGAGCUUUCUCAGUAUCUUCUUCAACUUGUGCAAGUCCUGAAAUACGAACCUUUUCUUGAUUGUGCUCUCUCCAGAUUUCUACUAGAGAGAGCACUUGCUAAUAGAAGAAUAGGACAGAUGUUGUUCUGGCAUCUAAGGUCAGAGGUUCACAUACCUGCUGUUUCAGUACAGUUUGGUUUGAUACUUGAAGCUUACUGCCGAGGAAGUGUUGCUCACAUGAAAGUGCUUGCUAAACAGGUAGAAGCUCUUAAUAAAAUGAAGACUUUAAACAGCCUAAUUAAGCUGAAUGCCAUGAAGCAAAGCAAAGCAAAAGGAAAAGAUGCAAUGCACACAUGUUUGAAACAAAAUGCUUACAGAGAAGCACUCUCUGACCUCCAGUCUCCUCUGAAUCCUUCUGUUAUACUUUCAGAACUGCAUGUUGAGAAGUGUAAGUACAUGGAUUCUAAAAUGAAGCCUCUAUGGAUAGUGUACAACAAUAAGAUGUUUGGAGGAGAUCUUGUGGGCAUCAUCUUUAAAAACGGCGAUGAUCUCCGACAGGACAUGCUGACACUCCAGAUUUUGCGUUUGAUGGAUGUACUUUGGAAAGAAGCUGGCCUGGAUCUCCGGAUAUUGCCGUACGGCUGUUUAGCAACUGGAGAUCAUUCAGGCCUUAUUGAGGCUGUUUCCAGUUCAGAAACCAUUGCUGACAUUCAGUUAAAUAGUAGCAACGUUGCCGCCGCCGCUGCCUUCAACAAAGAUGCUCUCUUAAACUGGCUGAAGGAAUACAAUUUAGGAGAUGACUUGGACCGAGCCAUUGAAGAAUUCACUCUGUCUUGUGCUGGCUACUGUGUAGCUACUUACGUGCUGGGGAUUGGUGACAGGCACAGUGACAAUAUAAUGGUCAGAAAAAACGGCCAGCUCUUUCAUAUAGAUUUCGGGCAUAUUCUUGGAAACUUCAAGUCCAAAUUUGGAAUUAAAAGGGAAAGGGUGCCUUUCAUACUUACCUAUGAUUUCAUUCAUGUUAUUCAACAAGGGAAAACAGGGAACACUGAAAAAUUUGGUCGGUUCCGCCAGUACUGUGAGGAGGCAUACCUAAUUCUGCGAAAGCAUGGAAACCUAUUUAUUACACUUUUUGCACUGAUGUUAACUGCAGGGCUUCCGGAGCUAACCUCUGUCAAGGACAUCCAGUAUCUCAAGGAUUCUCUUGCCUUGGGAAAGAGUGAGGAAGAAGCACUGAAACAAUUUAAGCAAAAGUUCGAUGAAGCACUCCGGGAAAGUUGGACUACUAAAGUGAACUGGAUGGCUCACACUGUUCGCAAGGAUUACAGAUCCUAGGAGAGUUUUGGAUUUGCACUAAGCUGAAUGUUACCUUGAUAAGUGUUUUGAAAUGGGAUCUGUAGUAUGGACCAAUAAAACUUACUUUAAAUAAGAAAACAAGUCAACAACAAUAAGAAACGGGCUGAAAUAAUUCCUGAUUCUUUUGCACUCUGCUUCUGAAUGCCUGAUCCCAAGACUGUCUCCACAAACAGUGACCAAGUGGAUGACCAACUGGAUAAUCAGUUCCUGCUGACUUUGCACGCUGAGAGCUACUAGGCAUUUUUAAAUAUCCUUUGGUACUUUAUGGAGGUGUAAAUAUUUGUUUUAUGCGUUAGGGUAAUGUACUCUAACAUGCUCAGGAGGUUUGAAGACCUCUAAAAGAACUGUUUUUUGUUUUAAAAUUGGGACUUGAAGAGUAAAAUUUUCUUUAUUCUAAUCUAGCUAAAAAUGACCAUGUGUAUAUAUUUUUCAUAUGAAUUCUGCCAUACUGGCACAGAUGCAUUAAUUCUACUGUAAAUAGCAACCACAGUAUCGUUGUACUACAGGAAGCUGCUUAAUGUCUUAUACUGCUGCCAAAAGAUGAGCUCCAGGUAUUUGUAAGGUUUCUUGCAGAGUGAUGAGGGAGGCAGAGACCUCUGAAGUGUUGCAGCAUCCGGAUAGUCAUGGUUGCACGGUUUUGUUGUCCUGAUGCAGGACACACAAAGAAGUCUUUCAGAAAGAGGAAAGGCUGAUUUGAAAUAUGUCUGAACCCCCCUUGAGAGUAGCCUCCCAUUCAGCUCCUGGGGCUUUUCCACUCCCUAGGAGAUGCGUUCAGUUCAGCUUCAACAAGAAGCUCCUUGCAGCCCUUCAUUGAAACCCUUACGUCAGAUUACUCGUGCCAUGCAAAUGUGCUGUCUUAUAAACACGGAUGGAAAAUUUGAAUACGUAUCAUACACAGUGUUUUUUAGAGCAUAAAUACCAAAAGAAACCAAAUUGUUUUGAAAGUGAGUGAGUGUGGGAAUAGACAAUUCCGUAGAACACAAUGAGAGGUCAUUAAUCUUUUCUGUAUUUAUUGAAUCUUGCAGUAAUGUUGCUAUACCAAGAUAUCUGUGUUGAAGAUGUUUUCUGAAGAAACUGGAUUUGUUUUAAUUUAUUUAGUGAGGUACCAGGCUUUUAGGUGCUUAAAUGGAGAGCAAAUCUGUGACGUGCAAUAGGAACUGCUGGUUAAAAGAUGUAACAUACUGUUUCUGAACAUCAGCAAGAUAGACUUUAACUACUGCUUGUUCUCCAAAGAACGCUGGUAGCUCUCAAUUCUUGUUGACAUUUGAAAGAAAAUUAAAACAUAUAUUUACUUUUUGGCUAAAUUGUUGUUUUACAUAGAAAUGUUUUAUGUAGGAAUUUAAUUAAAAGUGGUUUUACUUUGUUGAGA